CUUAGCUGGUUGGGAGGACUAGGUGCAUUGCUACCAGAACUCCCAUCUGCUGUCAUUUACAACUUGUCAGAUAGAGGAACCACAAUGCACGGCUCAGCAUUGGAAGAGGAUGUGUGUACUGUAAGUUACCUGGAUAGAGACUGACAGGAAGUCCAAGGACAGACAGAUCUGCAUCCCCCAUCAAAGUGCUCUUUGACAACAUACUGCUUUUCUUGGACAUAUUUGUCAAUGGAUACCUUGGGAAUAAUGAACGAUGGCUGCCUGCCACCAGACAAUGACAUGGUGACGGGAGGAGGGUCAAGCGGGGGAGGCCGGCUCCGCAGCACUGACCUGAUCCUGGGCUUCAGUAAGGACCAGUACCUCCUGCUCACUCCCGUAGGGUCCGAACGGACCCAUGAGGUGGUCACUGAGGACCACCAGGGGAAGCAGGGCCAGUCAGACCCCUACAGAUACCUGGCCAGCCUGGAGGACCACCAGGUGAAGCAGGGCCAGUCAGACCCCUACAGAUACCUGGCCAGCCUGGAGGACCACCAGGGGAAGCAGGGCCAGUCAGACCCCUACAGAUACCUGGCCAGCCUGGAGGACCACCAGGGGAAGCAGGGCCAGUCAGACCCCUACAGAUACCUGGCCAGCCUGGAGGACCACCAGGGGAAGCAGGGCCAGUCAGACCCCUACAGAUACCUGGCCAGCCUGGAGGACAGCACCCAGCGCUCUGCCUUUCACGAGUCGGGCCUUUUCUCCAGGGAUGAGUGUGACGGGGACCUGGGAGAUCUCCAGAAGGGGGUGGGCAGCGGGGAAAAGUCCCCCGAGCCUCCAGAGGAGGACCGCCCUAGGAAGAAGCACCGGCGUAACCGCACCACAUUCACCACCUUCCAGCUCCAUGAGUUGGAGAAGGCCUUUGAGAAGUCCCACUACCCUGACGUCUACAGCCGGGAGCUCCUGGCCAUGAAGGUCAACCUCCUUGAGGUCCGUGUCCAGGUGUGGUUCCAGAACCGUCGGGCUAAGUGGAGACGUCAGGAGAAGAUGGACUCCAACUCAACAAAGCUCCGCCACUCCCCCAUGUUGUCUUUCAACCGCUCGCCCAUGCCCUCCAAUGUGGGGCUCAUGUCCAACCCAUUACCCCUGGACCCCUGGCUGGCAUCGCCCAUGUCCAGCGGCAACCCGAUGCACACUAUCCCCGGAUAUGCAGGCCCAGGGCAGGGCCCUCACUUUCAGCCUGCCUACCCCAGCCACUCCCACUCUCACAGCCAUAGCCACAGCCACAGCCACAGCCACAGCUUCCUCGACAGUCCCCCAGGACAUGGCAUGGUGCACCAAGGGAUGGUACAGGGCAUGCAGGGGGUGCAGUCUGUGGCCCCGCCACUCUACCAGUGCCCCUGCAGCUUCAAUGAUAAGUACCCUCUGCUAAGGACCUGGAACAUGGUUCCAGCAUCGCAGCACUGAGGUUGAAGGCUAAGGAGCACAUCCAUUCCAUGGAUAAAACCUGGAAGCCUGACAUUCAUUUAAGGAUGGUCAACCACAACAGGUGAUA